AUGGCACAAACCUCUUUCACACCCUUGUCCUUCUCGACUACGAGCAGCUGGGUAACAUUAGAUCCCAACGGGGUGUACAUCAGUGGUGGAAGUUAUAAUAAUUCAUCGCCGGUACAUACGGAGCGACGGCAGUUGUUACAACCUUUAAAUGAUGGUCCUUUUGCUUCAUGGCAUCAACAUCCUCCAUCAUCUCCCGGAUCAACUUAUGCUUCUGAUGAUUGUUAUAACUUAAAUACCGUGUGUUCGGAGUGGUCUGUAUUGUGUGUUGAGCAUUCCCCCACGUUGUCACAAGGAGGUAGCCGUUAUGAAACACCACGAGAAGGUACAAACCAAGUUCGCACAUUUCCAACAAGUUUAAGUAGCGAAACUCAACAAGAUAUUCUUUUUACCUCUACAGCAGGUUUAUGUGGCGACAUCACCGGCACCUCACGUGUGCCUUUGCGUAGCGGCGUAUUGCGAAGUACUGCACAUCCCUCAUUGAGACCCCAACUUUUUCCUUUUAGUUCAACAAACAAUUUUUCUCCGCUUUCUCAAAUUGUUGUUACAUCUGUUUUUGGUCGUUACUUAUCUCAACAAUUAUCAACGCUGCAUGUAAGGGAAUGCAUUGGUUCAGAAAGUGAUGUGGACACAUCCAUUCCCUCACGAGGUUCUUCACCUUUUGUCGCAUCACGUGGAAGCUGGGAUGAAGUGGAUUAUAAUAGUUGCUGUGAUGAAUAUUCUUAUGAAAGAGUGAGUGAAGGCACAUGUCAAUGCAGCAGUUCUACCGCCAGUCAAUCUUGCAGUGAAAAGGGGACUUUACCGGGUUCCGUUCUUACUGAAUUGUUUCUUUCUUUUGUUUUAAAAAAUGUUCUCUCAGGUACUAAUGGCCGCGACACGUACCGCCAUUCCUCGAAAAAAACAACUGGAUCCUCCCGCAAUGAUGCCACGGAAUCUAAUGAACAUCGGGGCUGGUCAAUGGUUAGCCGCUGGUUUGUAACAAAUGUGGAACCGCUGGUGGUUUGUACCGUUUACGGUAUUAUGGUAUUUGUGCUUUGA